CUCGUUAUCAAAGGGUCAGAGAUAAGACAAGGCAGCAAGAGCGAGACCCAAAGCCCACCAUUCGUGUGUAGACAAGUGCGAUGGCCUCCUCAAGUCGUGAUCAGCAUCUCCUGGCUUUGAUCGAGGCCGGAGACGCAGCGAGGCUACACUCCGCACUCGCCUCCCUCUCCGCAGGCGCCCGCAAUGCCUUUUUGGCAGGACAAUCGGCUUCGUCAGCAGCCGGUGCGGGACGUUACCCGAAGCUGCCCUUGCACUGGGCGGCCGAAAAGGGCGAGGCGAAGGUGGUCGAGACGCUCAUCUCCUUCGGCGCUCGUGUCAAUGCCAAGGGAGGAAUCCACGAAUCCACACCA